CUGGUAUUUAAAGAGGAGCACCCAGCGAGAACAAGAAAAUAGAAGUCGGCUACCAAACACCAAAACUGAAAAUUCUCUGUUCCAAUAGGGAAAAAGGCAAAACUACGGUUCGGAAAUUCUUCAAGUUCUCCGCUUGUUUCGAUCCGCUGCUAUGGAGACAUCAGCUCAUGAAAAUAUACUAGCUCUUACAGAGCAAGUGGUCCUGCAGUUUGGUGAAGUUUCGAAUGCAUUAAGGAUGGUGAAUAAAGAAGGGAUUAUUCAAAAUGAUCCUCUAAUCAUCACUCAAGCUUCAUUGCAGAGUUCUGUGCCAGUUGAAUCUUCAUCUAUCGAUGUUGUUGUGGUCAUCAGCAAGUCAUCUGAGUUUCCAAAUGAUGCAUUGUUUCUGGAGAUCUCAAGGAUUUUAAAGCCCGGUGGAACAGUGCUGGUGCACCUGACUUCCCAAUCUACUCCCUUGCAAGAGACAAAGUCUUCCCUUGAGCGCAAGUUAUUGUUGGCAGGACUUUUGGAUGUAAAAUCAUCUGAAGCUGGUCAGUCUAUUGGGAUUUCGGGCAAAAAGUCUUCUUGGAAGAUUGGUUCAUCCUUCUCUCUAAAGAAACAAACAAAAAGUUUACCUGCAGUCCAGAUUGAUGAUGAUACGGACUUGAUAGAUGAGGACACCCUACUAAGUGAAGAGGAUUUGAAGAAACCACAGCUGCCUGUGGGUGAUUGUGAAGUUGGAAAAACUAGGAAAGCCUGCAAAAAUUGCACUUGUGGGCGGGCUGAAGUGGAAGAGAAAGUGAAGUUGGGACUUAGUAUGGACCAGCUGAACAAUCCUCAGUCUGCCUGUGGCAAUUGUGGUCUAGGUGAUGCUUUCCGCUGCAGUACAUGUCCCUACAAGGGUCUUCCUCGAUUCAAGAUGGGUGAAAAGGUUACUUUAUCUCAGAACUUUCUUGCAGCUGACAUUUAAAUGUCAAGAAAUUAAGGCUGGACAUCAUGUUGUUACGGCGCAUCUUUUCAAUGCUUAGAUGGUGAUCGCUCUGCGGUUACCUUUUGUUGAGGCUAAUUUUUGUAUAUGUUGUUGAAACGAUAGAGAGAGAUUAA